UAACCGCUUUCCUUGGCUCCACAUUCAUUCCCAAACCAAAUGAAUCAAAUCAGAGGAGCCAAAGUGGGUCACCUUCCGAGUUUUAUAUCUGUUUUAUGAUGUGCAUGUGUGUACUGUGUUUGUGUCAGACCCUGACAGCUCUAUGCAACACUCAAAUGACUCAAUCAUACAUUAAGCCUGGCAUCAAUCAUCUCUCUCCCUUUUUCUCCAUUCCCAUUCCUGUUCAGUGCUCACAACCCUCCUCCUUUUGCUGAUCUGUAAUUUUCUCCAUAAACCCAGUGGCUAGUUUUUGUUUUCUUCUUUACCCAAAAAGCAAAAAUAAUAGAAUCCAGCUGAAGUUUCCAAGUUUGUACUUCUUCCCAAUUUUGGUUGUUUAUGAGAUUCAAUUAAAUUUUCCAUAUUUUCCAAAUGCCUCUAUUUCCCAUAGUCCUUUACUCAAUUCCCUCUUCUGGGUCGGUGCUUCUUGUUCUGUGCCUCACACAAUCAUUAAUGCCAUUUGUUGAUAACCCUUUAUUAUUUUGUAGUGGUUGAUGAUUUGGUUUUUUUAUAUAUAUCAAAAUUUCAUAUUUCGGUUGGCCUCUAAUAUUUUUUCCUGAAAAGGAUGGUCUGCAUUAUUAGUGGCAAAAGCUCACUCACACCUACCAAACAUGAAUCUUGUGCAAUGCAUGUUUCCCUAGUUAUGUGCUUUGUGUGAUUAAACCUUUCUUUGGUAUCAAAUUUUAUUUGCUUCUAAAGCAUUGUUCCCGUUUUGCCAAUCUCCGCAACCCGUCAAAGUCCAUAGAUUCAAUCUGGGUACCUUGGACAAAGGAAAAAAGAAGGCUUUUUUUUUCAUCUGGGUAUUCACAAAUCUGUGUUCUUAAUCUGGGUUUUGAGGAAAAAUUGAAUCUUGAAGCUUUUUCUCAUCUGGGUUUUGAGAAAAGUUUGAAUCUUGAGGCUUUUCUCACCUGGGUUUUGAGAAAAGUUUGAAACUUGAGGCUUUUCUCAUCCGGGUUUUGGAGUAUUUGGCUUCUGUCUGAUGCGUAUUGGAGUUGGAGGUGAGAUCAAAAAUGGCGAAUCUUGUCCCGGGUGUGCUGCUCAAGCUUUUACAGCACAUGAACACAGAUGUGAAAGUGGCUGGUGAGCACAGGUCGUCUCUGUUACAAGUUGUGAGCAUUGUUCCAGCUCUGGCAGGGGGUGAGCUUUUCCCAAACCAAGGCUUCUAUCUUAAGGUAUCAGAUUCCUCUCAUGCCACUUAUGUAUCUCUGCCUGAUGAACAUGAUGAUUUAAUUCUCAGUGAUAAGAUUCAAUUGGGUCAGUUCAUUCAUGUGGACCGGCUUCAAGCCGCUACGCCAGUCCCCAUACUUCAUGGGGUUAGGCCUGUUCCGGGGCGACACCCUUGUGUAGGGAGCCCUGAGGACAUUGUUGCAACACAUUCUCUUGGAUUUCUUAACAAUAAUGCAAAUUCGGGUUCGAAAAAUGGAGACAAAGUGAAAUCUGAGUCUAAAGAUUUAGGAACUAGUCAUGGUGGAGCAAGACUAAAUAGUAGUAGUGUCAAGGAGGAGAAAUUAGAUAAGAAAAUCGGGUCUUUUAACAGAUCAAAGUCUCAGCCAUCUAAACCAUCAUUGAAUAUAGAGGUGAAGAAGGAAUCUUUGGCCAGAUUGAAGUCCUUGAAUUCAAGGUCUAUUCCAUCAUCUCCAACAAGUUGUUAUUCAUUGCCAACUACUUUUGAGAAAUUUUCGAAUAGUGUCAAGAAUCAGGGAAAAGUAAAGGCAACAGCUAAGGUGGGAGGUGUAGAAAAGAUUAGUUCCAAUGGGAGGAAAUCAGUAUCCGGAAACCCAAUCAAGAAUUUGGUUCAGGGAUUUGAUAUGGGGGCCAAGGCUCUGAGAAAGAGCUGGGAAGGAAAUAUGGAGGUGAAGAGUAGUUCAAAAUCAAGGGAUACCAGACGCGAUUCGAUGCUAGAAGUUCGCACAUCUACUCCUAGGAAAAGUAUAUCAAAUGAGAGGUUGCUGUCUAAAGAGGAGCAUAAGAUGCAGAUAUCUGCAAAGUCAUUGAAGGAGGAGAAUAAGGUUCAACAGUCAACAAAGAAAGUUACAGCAAAUGGAACUUUGGGUGAUCAAGACAGGUCAAUUAAACCAAGAAUAUCAGUUGGAAAAAAAUCAUCGGAUGCAUCUAACAAUGGAUUUCCUGGAAACUUGGUCAAGGUUCCUUUAAAUAACAGAAAAUUAACAGAUGGAGGUUUUCCAUGGCCUUCACUCCCAUCCUCACUUGCAAAGCUUGCAAAGGAAGUUUUGAGGCACAGGGAUUCAGCACAAAUGGCAGCAAUAGAGGCAAUGCAGGAGGCUUCUACUGCAGAGAGCUUACUACGGUGUUUGAGCAUAUAUUCCGAGCUAAUUACCACUGCAAAGGAAGAUAAUCCACAGCCUGCGGUAGAGCAGUUUUUAGCCCUCCAUGCUAGCUUGAAUAAUGCUCGUCUAGUAGCUGAUUCUCUAUCCAAAAUUACACCAGCUGGUUCAUCCCCAGAUCGUGAAGAAAGCCCGUCAGAAGAAGUGCUAAAGGUUACAUCAGAGAGGCGGAAACGGGCAGCAUCAUGGGUACAAGCUGCAUUAGCCACUAAUUUGUCUUCCUUUGCUGUAUUUAGUAAAGAGUCUUGUUCAACCUCAGUUCCAGCUUCAGCUUCCUCUCAAAACCAAAAGAAUGUCUCUGCAAAUCAACCCAUCUUAGUUUUAGACAACUCUACCAAGAAUGGCACAACAAAAUCCCAGGGAAAAAUUCGCCAGACAGUUGGCUCCAAGGUUGGUGCCUCACCAGGGACUCCUCGACGACUAGGGGAUGGAUCAGCCAUCAGUCAAAAACCACAGGCACAACCUCUACCUGAAUGGAUUAAAGGAAAUGGCCUAUAUGAGACUGUCGACUUGGCUGAAAUGUUGCGACUGCAGUCACAAGAUUGGUUCUUGGGAUUUGUGGAGAGGUUCCUGGAUGCUGAUGUGGACACUUCAGCUCUGUCAGAUAAUGGUCAAAUAUCAGGAAUGCUAACUCAGCUCAAGAGUGUGAAUGAUUGGUUGGAUAGUAUUGGUUCUAAUACAGAUGCAGAAGAAGCAACUGCUGUUUCUGAAGAGACCAUUGAUAGGCUAAGGAAGAAGAUCUACGAGUAUCUUCUUACGCAUGUUGAAUCUGCUGCCGCUGCCCUUGGUGGUGGAUCACAGUCAUCACCGCGACUUCAAACAACAGAUACAAAAGUUAGAAAAUGAAUCAAUUUAUACUGCACUGUAGUUUGGUACUGGUGAGUUUUUCGUGUCUGCAUUUGCCUUGAUGCCAGUGCCUAGCCUCGAAGCUGAGCCCUUAAACCACCAAAGUGGUCCUAGGAGCUCGGUUCGACUCUGUACAUAAUUCACAUGGGUCCGAGGAGAGGUAUAGAUGGAGUGGUGGUUAGUUAGAAGAGAGAAUUUGAUUUGAAAGUGCUAGAUAUGUUUUGCUUUUUUGAAUCCUUUGAUACAGCUUGUUUCAUGAGAUGGAUGACAGAAAAUUGAAAUGGUUUGGGGAGUUGGAAGUUUGAAAUUUCUUAUAUCGUGGUGAUUAUGACA